GAGAAGCCUCUCGCAACGGCCAUGGUGUUAUACGCAACCGGCUUCAAUGCCUGGAACCAGUUGCAGGUUGAUGGGGAUGAAAAUCCCGAAGAGCCAGAUGACAUUUCAUCCUUCACUUGCGUGUCGCGGGAUGACGCCAUUGAGAGUGUCCGUCCAUUCUUCUCUUACACUCGAGUCCACGACAACGAAACCCUCUACCAAUAUGCAUCCAUAAACAACCUCCUCCUCAACAACCCUUCCCACACCUUCCCCAACUUCCCCGACAUAGCCCAACUCGUCGCGUACGAAACGGGCUUCGCGGCCCUCUCAUCUACAGGCCAAGUCUGGACAUGGGGCGAUGAGCGCUACGCAGCCUGCCUCGGCAGGGAGCCAUCUGACGACAGUCCCGCAGACACCCCCGGCCUGGUCACCGACCUAGAGGACCUCCCCACGGGACCCAUAACCAAACUGGCAGCAGGCGGCUACGUCCUGGCCGCCCUCACAGCAGGGAACGACCUCUACUGCUGGGGCCAUGCAGGGCGGUCGCCCAUGCUCCUCCAGGACCUGCCAGACACCCCGGGUCCGGUGGUCAUAGACGACAGGGACAUCGUCAACGUGGCGGUUGGCGGCGCGCACAUGCUCGUGCUGACCGCCGACAGGGAGGUAUACGUGACCGGGGACAACGCCAGCGGGCAGCUGGGCCUGUUAGAAGUGAGAUCAACUAGCACCUGGGCGCGAGUCGACUUGGGAUCUGUACUGGCGGCGGAAGACGGUGUUGUCACGGGGGUGGUAGCCGGGCCGAGAAACUCCUUCUUGAUCGUUCGGAAACAGCUCGACUAG